UGAGAAAGGCACAGCACAGAGCACCUCCACCUCCCAACAGAGUGUCUGUCACAGAAAGAACAAAGCUGAACUGGUGCCAACAUGCACUUAACUUGUGGAGUAGCUAUCUCCAGCAGUUAAAAGACGAGCCUCCGCACACACUCCACAUCGGUGUUUCUCUGUUGGCAACCAAGAUGAAGAAAGGUGCUCUCGCUCUCUUCCUCAUCCUCCUCACCUUUGCUUCCCAUGGCAUAUGGUGUGAAGCAGCUCGGAGAGGCACCAUGGCUGAUGCAGCUCAUCAUCAUCUGAGGCCUCAUCCCCAGGUGCAGGGAUUGCAUGAAACCCAAGGCAGGAGGCUCCUGGGGAAGCUGGAGCACAUGGCAGGUGGUGGCCCCGGCGGUGGAGCAAGUGGCGGCGGGAGGAACACCGGUGGCGGUGCGGCGAACACGAGGCCGCACAAUACCAAGAACGGCGGCGCUGUGGCCCUGCCGGACCCGGUGACCUCCGUUCUGGCACUGGUCUUCAGCACUACCAUUCUUCUCUCGGUGCUCAGCUUCUAAAGUACGGAUCUUGAUCCGGGUGGUACUGCUAGUAUCUGUGUAGUGUUGCAGUUUCAGAAAUUGUUUGCCUAACGUUUGUGGGUAUCGCACUAAUAUGUUUACCUAAUUUGUGCUUCUUAA